AUGAGACACUUUGGAGCGCAUCAUAUGCUCGAUAUGGAAUCUUCACACCUUGCUUACGUGAUAACUUUAAAUUAUUCUUUCUCUCACUCUCUCUUUCUUCCUCUCUUUCUUUCUUUCUGCUUUUCUCUCUUUCUUUCUCUCUCUCUCACUCUGUCCGUCUCUCUCUCGCUUUCACUCUCUUUCGUUCUCUCUCUUUCACUUUGUUUGUCUCUUUCUCACUCUCUCUUUCCCUUUCACUCUCUCUCUCUCUCACUCUGUCUCUUUUCCUCCCUCUCUUGUUCUCUUCCUUUCUCUCUUUCAUUCUCUUUCUUUCUCUUUCUCACUCUGUCUUUCUCUCUCUCUUCCUCCCUUUUCUUUCUUUCUUCCUUUGUUUAUCUAUCUAUCUAUCUAUCUAUCUAUCUAUCUAUCUAUCUAUCUCUUUCUCUCUUUCUUUCUCCCUUUCUCUCACUUUUUUCUCUCUUUUUCUUUCUAUCUUUCUCUCAUUUUCUCUGUCUGUCUGUUUCUUUCCCCUUUUCCCUCUCUCUCACUCUGUCCGUCUCUCUCUUCCUUUCACUCUCUUUCGUUCUCUCACUUUCACUUUGUUUGUCUCUUUCUCUCUCUCUCUCUCUGUCUCUUUUCCUCUCUCUCUCUCUUGCUCUCUUCCUUUCUCCCUUUCAUUCUCUUUCUUUCUUUUUCUUUCUCACUCUGUCUUUCUCUCUCUUCCUCCCUUCUUUUUCUUUCUUUCUUUGUUUCUCUAUCUAUCUAUCUCUUUCUCUCUUUCUUUCUAUCUUUCAUUCUCUCUGUCUGUCUGUCUCUUUCCCCUUCUCUCUCUCUCUCUCUAUUUCUCUCUAUUUUUGUCGCCUGUUCUCCAAACCACCCUGGCAUACGAACGCUAAGAUCCUAAACGCUCGGCCACGCGCUCGUGAUAGGAACGCUACGGUCCUAAACGCUCGACUACGCGCUCAUGAUAGGAACGCUAAGAUCCUAAACGCUAGACCACGCACUCAUGAUAGGAACGCUAAGAUCCUAAACGCCCGCUCACGCGCUCGUGAUAGGAACGCUACGGUCCUAAACGCUCGACUACGCACUCAUGAUAGGAACGCUAAGAUCCUAAACGCUAGACCACGCGCUCAUGAUAGGAACGCGAAGAUCCUAAACGUUCGGCCAAGCGCUCAUUAUAGAAACGCUAAGAUCCUAAACGCUCGGCCACGCGUUCAUGAUAGGAACGCUAAGAUCCUAAACGCUCGUUCACCCGCUUGUAUAUUCAGACACAAUGGUUGUGUAAAGUAA